AUGAAAGUAGUCGAGAUUGUGACAACCCAUGCUCGCGAACCUGAGGACAUUGUGCCAUUCGAGAAGACUAUCGAGGACACUGGAGUGUCAUAUAGGAAGAUCGUUGAGAUUCUGUCCAAAACUCACAAAACCUUUAUAAAGUUGACUGAAGCUUACAAAGUUGUUGAUGUAAGUAGUUCAUAUUUUGUAGUUUUUUGAUUUUACUGUAGUAUGAGGCUAUGUCUUAAACUUAUAGGUUCUUAGUAGUCAACAAAAAGUCGUAAGUCACAGUGAAACUGAGUUGUAUAUUAAAAAUUAUAAAAAGUUAAAACAGUUUUUAUAAAAACAACAAUUUUUAGGUAACAACAAGCCGUAUUGGAUUAACUACAGGAUUUUUGUCUCAAAUUUACAAUGUCAUGUUCCACUUUUCAAAUGGACAAGCUGUCAGUGUAAUUGCCAAAAUCCCAUUGGUCGGAGGUAUCGACGCGAUUUGUGGAGCUGAUGGGGAAGUGGUAAGUUAUUUAUAAAUUUAAAUUUUAACUUAACAGUUCAAUAAGAUAACACCAUUAUAGAAAGGUUGAAGCAGAUUAUAUCUAUAAAUUACUAUACCCAAAUUAAAAAUGGGAAAAUAUGUCUCUAACAAAGAAUACUAUUGCCCGUUUAAUAGGUAAAAAUUUUAAAAAGUUUUUUUUUCAGAAUCCACCUCCAGCCGACGAGAAACCGAAUGCUCACUCAAUAGAAUGUGAAUUUUAUGACCAAUUUUCGUAUAUGAGAGAUGUGCCUUUGCCUAAAGUCUACUACACUGAGAAGAUCACGCCUUCUGAUAAGGGUCUGAUUCUGAUGGAGAAUCUCAGUCUUCGUUCUGACACACCCGGCUUCUACAAAGGCGCUACUGAAGAACAAUGCUACAGUGUAAGAUAGUUUAUAUCCUAAAGGUUUCUAUUGCAUUUUUAAACUUAUUAUUGAUUUUUAAACUUGAUAAUGAUGACUUUAUAGUUAGCCAGAGCAGUAGCCCAUUACCAGUUCUGUGCAGCUGCCCCUCGUCAUCAGCCAUGGUGGCGACAAUUCCAUGAUAACAUUCACACUGAAUUUGAUAUGAAUCUGGUGAAGCCAUUGUGGGGCUUUGCUCAUACCAUCGAAGAGUUUAAAGAUGUCUUACACUUGGCAGAACCUUAUCAAAACAAAGAGUUCUGGACAUAUGCCUUGAGGGAAAGAGCAGCGGAGUAUAGUAAGCCUUACCGUAACAUCUAUUUUGUUGUUUUUAUGUUUAUUGUAGUCUGAAUAUUAUACUAUAGCUUUAGAGUUAAAAAUUUAUGUAAACUGUUACUUCUUUGGGUACGAAACACGAUACUCUACGUUUUUAGCCACUAAGCAAUAAAAAUUUUAAAAAUUAAGAAUUCGUACUUUUAAAAACUUUAGAUGCCAUUUCAAUGUGUCACGGUGACACUCAGCCCAACAACUUGAUGUUUAAGCUGAAGAAAGAUGGCACGAUGUCAGACGAGCUUCUUGCCAUUAUUGAUUGGCAAUUGGUCUUUUAUGGUAAGUUCAACUUCUUAAAAUGCAUGUUAUUUACAGUUUUUUUUAAAUUUUAGACGAGGGAAUUGUUGCGCAAGAGCUCAAGGUUUAGGAGUAAUUAACAAUUACUUUUUUAUAUUAAAAAGUCUAUCAGAAUUGUGAACUUUGACGGUUUUUUGCUCACAAAAAGACUGUUUGUGUCAAAAGAACAUUAGAAGUUAAAAAAGUUAAAAUAUAAAAUACUACAAAAUUUACUAAUUGAUAAAACGAUAACAAAAAUAUGUCAUUUUAGCUAGUGCACCAUUUGAUUUGGCCAGGUUUAUUUGUAUGGGGGUGGAUUGGAGUGUCAGAGAACAAUGCGAGACCAAGGUCUUUGAUGUCUACUACAACACGUUGUCGGAUCUCUACGCAAAAUCGUGCCAAAAACCACCAUUCACGUAUGCACAGGUAUGACUACUUUUAUCUUUUAUUUAACAUUCAAAAAGUUGAAAUUCAAAAAAAAAUUUUAAAAUUUGUUUUUGAAUUUUGGAAAAAACUGCUUAGAAGUUCAAAAAAAGUAUAAAAAAGACUGACUUUUGCCAUUUCAGGGCUUGGAACUGUACCACUUGACUUUAAUGCACCAAGGUGUCCAAGCUGUGAUGUAUGUGUCGAUGAUCGCUUUGAAGCUACAACAAAGUAAUCACGUAGAGCCUCUAUUCCCAAUUCUUGUAAACCGUGUCCGAGAUGUCGUACUGAGGACUGCUGAGUUGGGAAAAAUGUACAAUCUGGAACGAUUUGCUCAGUUUUCGUCUUGGACCAAGGACUUGUAA